AAGCAUCUUUGUAUGUUGACUAUACACUCGAAGUAGAUCAUCCGCGACAUCAAUAUCACAUUUCACGUUCUGCGGGCACAUCACUUUCUACAGACACAUCACACCUUGGCGGCGAAUCACUU